UACUUCCGGGCCCCGCUUUUCGGAAGACCAAGAUGGCGACGUCUUUGGGAUCCAACACGUACAAUCGGCAGAACUGGGAGGAUGCGGAUUUCCCUAUUUUGUGUCAGACAUGUCUUGGAGAAAAUCCUUAUAUCCGAAUGACCAAAGAGAAAUAUGGAAAGGAAUGUAAGAUUUGUGCCAGGCCAUUCACAGUGUUUCGCUGGUGCCCGGGUGUACGGAUGCGCUUUAAGAAGACAGAAGUGUGUCAAACAUGUAGCAAACUGAAGAAUGUGUGUCAGACCUGCCUUCUUGACCUGGAAUAUGGUUUGCCUAUUCAAGUUCGAGAUGCCGGACUCUCACUUAAAGAUGAUAUGCCGAAGUCAGAUGUUAAUAAAGAAUAUUACACCCAAAAUAUGGAAAGAGAGAUCAUGAACUCUGAUGGCACUCGGCCUGUGGGUGCUCUAGGGAAGGCAACAUCCACCAGUGAUAUGUUGCUCAAACUCGCUCGGACAACCCCGUACUACAAACGUAAUCGCCCCCAUAUCUGUUCGUUCUGGGUGAAAGGAGAGUGCAAAAGAGGAGAAGAGUGUCCCUACAGACAUGAGAAACCUACAGAUCCAGAUGAUCCUCUUGCUGAUCAGAACAUUAAAGAUCGUUACUAUGGUAUUAAUGAUCCUGUGGCUGACAAACUUCUCAAACGAGCUUCCACAAUGCCUCGUCUUGACCCGCCUGAUGACAAGACUAUUACAACCCUGUAUGUAGGUGGCCUGGGAGACACAAUCACUGAGACUGAUCUUAGGAAUCACUUCUAUCAGUUUGGCGAGAUCAGGACGAUAACUGUGGUGCAAAGGCAGCAGUGUGCAUUCAUCCAGUUUGCAACACGGCAAGCUGCAGAGGUAGCAGCGGAGAAGUCCUUCAACAAGCUUAUUGUCAAUGGCCGCAGGCUUAAUGUGAAAUGGGGCAGGUCUCAAGCAGCCAGGGGGAAAGAGAAGGAAAGAGAAGGGACAACAGAAUCUGGUAUAAAACUGGAGCCAGUCCCUGGACUACCUGGCGCUCUUCCUCCUCCUCCUGUGGCAGAAGAGGAGGCAGCUUCUGCAAACUACUUCAACCUACCUCCCAGUGGCCCUCCAGCGGUAGUAAACAUUGCCCUGCCGCCGCCACCUGGCAUUGCUCCACCACCACCUCCAGGAUUUGGGCCGCACAUGUUUCACGCAAUGGGUCCUCCACCUCCUUUCAUGAGAGCCCCCGGUCCCAUUCAUUACCCUUCACAAGAUCCACAGAGGAUGGGUGCCCAUGCAGGGAAGCACAACAGCCCCUAACAUGGCUGGGUCAUUCUUACUGUUUAAUUUUCUCUUUUUUUAAAUGGAAAGUUAUGUUGGUAGCAUACCACAUUCAGUUGUAAUGAGCGGGAAACUCAGCCUCCCUUUUCCUGUACACAGCACAGGCCUAGUCCCACUGUGUUACACAACUAGAAGUCGUAUCAUUUCUAGAACCAAAAUACUUUUAUUACUGAGUUUAAAAAGGUGGCUUCUGCUUAAAAGGAAACAGAAGUGAGAUAGAGGAAUGUUAAUUGUAUUAGAACUGCAAAUCCCAUCAGUGUAUUCAAUUUUGCACACCUGAAACUAGUCUUUUAACAAAAAAUAAUUAUUUUUAAGCCAGUUUGGUAAUCCCCAUCAAUAAAAAUCACCAAGCUUUGUUCAGAAUAGCUCCUUGCUCAAAGUUCCUUUCCUGCUAAUCUGUUUGAAUGUCAGAUUACUGUACUGCCAUUAAAACUAGAUUCACGUUCCUCCUUGCACUGAGUUGGGAUGGAAAGACGACAGAAAACUAGUAUGAAGAUGAGCAGGUGGAGUGACACUUUGCAUUAAUGCUGUUUCUUGCCAUUCACAAUCUGUUUGUGAUACAUGCUACCAGAAUGUUGAGGCAGCAGUUCUGCAUGUUUGUUAAUCCUCUGUUAAAGAGGUUGGUGACUCUGAAUUGUGGCGUACGUGGCCUUCAUAUCCAUUUGCUACUAAAACUAGUCCGGUUUAUUUCCUCACCUAGCAUUUGAUUACCAAUGGCUGUUCUAAGUCUGUGUUCUCGGUAUUUACUCUGUACCAUCUGUUUUCUGCAUCAAGUCUGUAAUGUGUCCUAGUAAAGAGAAUCAUAUUUUUUACCUA